UCAACCGAGUAGAGUUAGUCACCAAUGAAAUGAUAGAGACUGCAAGAACAAGAGAACCAGCUGCGGAUAACAAUACUGAUAAGGCAGAAACAACUAUGUCAUUAUCAGUGUCAGAAAUCAAAGUAUUGUCCAUCGGAAAUCGGAGAGAAUACGUGAAGCCAAAGAAGCCAGCUCUCAAAUUUGAUAAGCAAAUCUUUGGAGAUGCCUGUAGGGGGCAUUUUGGCCAACUCUUAUUGGGGAAUAGAACUCCAUUUGUAUCAAAUAAUAUUUUUAUGAUGGAUUUGUUUAAAAUGGACACAAUCGAGAAUGAUAAUCAACCCAGACGAUAUCACUUUGAGUGUCAUCACUGCGCUUGUCCGGGCAGCUCUAUGAAGUAUGGCAUAUUUGGCCACACACUGUAUGCCAGUGCAGUAAUGCACGAACAGAAAAGGCGACUGAAAACCCACAAUUGGAUAUCGAAGAAUACACUGGAAAUGCCAAGAAAAAUCAUUGGUCGUUCAUACUAUUGCCAUGAAGACGAGUAUUACGUGCAGCAUAUAGUUCACGACAUUCUCCAUGAACAAAGACUUAGAGCUCUUCAGUUUAUACUAUAUUUACACAAGGAAUAUGUAAACGAUAAGCACAAUUCUUAG